AUGCGCGUAGUCUUUCGAGGUGGAUUAGAGGAUUAUAUGCUGUCUGAAACACUUCAACUAGACAUAGAAAAGCUCUCAAAGCCAACAGUUGGUGAUUUAAUUCUCUUUAUUGAACAGCACCAUAUUAAGAAUGCUUAUCGGCACUUUUCCAGUAACGGCGAGCUAGAAGGCGGUAUUCUUUGUCUGGUUAACGAGUGUGACUGGGAUCUUCUUGAUCGUGAGAAUGCCACUCUGACUAAUUCUGAUACUAUUCAUUUUAUUACGACUAUGCAUGGUGGCUAA